AUGAAUAGGCUUCAUAACAAACCCGUUCCGAUUUCACCAUUCGUACAAAUUGCCGACAUAGAGAUAGCCGAGCAUAAUGUGACCAAGUUUAACAAANUACUCAUCGCCCAUAUCGUCAACGAUCCCAUCAAUCAUAAGAUAAGGGAAAGGGUUAUAUCGAGUCAAUACGAUUGGAUGACUAAACGAAAGAUCAAAGCUUUUUAUUUGCUUCUGGAAUCCAAUUCAUUGAAGAAUGGCGUCAAUUGUAUGGUUCAGAUUGCAGGUCUCGGUCGCAAAUUAAGACCAAACAUCUUAAUGCUCGGUCUAAUACCAAACGAUGCGAUCGAAGCUAUGAAUCAAUUUAAUGAGAAGCAAAGGCGGGGAACAAUUGAUAUCUGGCUGUUGGCCGAUGACGGAGGACUCACUUUAAUGGUUCCCUAUCUUCUCAGCCUUAAUGACAUUUGGAGUAAUUGUAGUCUAAGAAUACUUACAAUGUCUACAAACAGUGAGGAAAUAUGGGAAACCAAAGAAAAUUUAAACCAAUUGAUGUCCAAAUUGCGAAUCCCAUGCUCUGAGAUACGAGUGUUCGCUGAAUCAGAUUUAGAGUCAAACAAUCAAAGGACUCUACCGAUGCUCAACAAAGACAUACCAAUCCCUCUAUACAUGUGUUGGUUGGAAGUGUUGACGGAUUUGACGGACACAGAAACCGAUCACUUCUACCGAAUGCCGCCAUUCCUUCUGCUCAGAGGUUUCGGGCAAAGAGUGAUCACUGUUUGAGACCAAAGCAAACACUACUAUUGUAUCUCUUAAUUAACAAUAAAUAUUUAUUCAAUAAAUUAUUGAUAUAAAAAUGUCUCAAUUAAA